CAGAGCGAGGUUUUCAUAGUGAAACCUGCAGUCUGGAAAACAGAUUUGAAGAGGAAUUGGGAUUGAAAAACAUUACAAAUUAAAACAUGAAGCAAAUCAUCUGUUUUGCGCUUACCCUGUUGCCUUGGAUCCCAGGACUUCUUUGUGGUCUGAUAACCCAGGACGAGGUUACAGUCUUGGAAGGCAAUGACCUCAUUAUCCCAUGUCAUUAUGAGCCUCAGCAUGCCAGCUAUGUGAAGUACUGGUGUCGGGGAAAGAUGAGGGAAUUCUGCUCAAGUUUGGCCCGUACAGAUAACUCCCUCUCUGAUAGCCAGUCUGAGGACAGCGUAAGUAUUUUUGAUGACCCGAUCCAGCAGGUCUUCACUGUGGAAAUGAAGAAUGUAAAGGAGGAAGAUUCUGGCUGGUACAUGUGUGGUGUGGAGCUUGGUGGAUUUUGGCAAGCGGAUGCCCGUGCUUUCACUUACAUUAAGGUCAAACCAGGAAUGUCGGUAGUAAAUGACAGGCUGAGCGAGGAGGAGGGGCAAAGUGUCACAGUUCAAUGUCGCUACAGUCCAAAAUACAGAGGAAGUGAGAAGAAGUGGUGUAGGACUGGAGACCCAAGCUCCUGCCUGGUGACAGGUGCUGAGGGAACCUACGAAGACAAGUCAGUGGCCAUCAAAGAUGACAAAACUGGCACUUUCACCAUAACCUUAAAGAAGCUGCAGAUGAGUGAUAUGGGCUGGUACUGGUGCUCUACCGGACAACACCAGAUGACAGUGCACGUGGAGGUCUUAAACCAACCAUCAACUGGUAAAUUGACAGCAACAGCAACAGCGAUGACUGUGACAACCUUAGCUCCAGCAAGCCUGGUGGUUGCAGAUGCAUAUGCCCCCAAACCAAACACCAAUGAUUGCUGGAUGUGUCAAACUUUCAUCAUGCAGUCUGUGAUGACGUUUGCGUCAUUCAUGCUGCUCGUAGUCUUGGCUAUAUUAGCAAGGAAGAUGUGGAAACAUAAACAAUUUGCAAAGCUAAGACAAAAUAUGGAGAUGAAGGCAAAAAAUAAGGAGGACUAUGGGAAAGUGACCAGCAAAAUCCCCCCUGCAGUUUUCCUCAACAUGAAUUCAAUGGAUGCCCAAGUCUACUGAAGUAACAUACCACAGUUUUUUUUGUUUUUGUGUUUCAUUGUUUUCCCCCGACUGCCUGCAGCAUUAAGCAAAAAAUAGAUUUUUACCUCCAUAUUUUCCUUUAAACUGCAAUUCAACUCCACAACAUAAAAAAAAAAA